GAGACGGCGGUAUCUCUUCUGUCGUCACCACCAGAGACUACCGAGAGAUCGCCGAAGAUGAAAGAGGAGGAGUCCCCGUGGAUCAGAAAGCCCUUAGAGAAGACCACCACCUCCCUGGAACAUCGGAAAGCCAUCGAGAUCCAGGCCUGGUGGCGCGGGACGCUGGUGCGGCGGACGCUGCUGCACGCGGCGCUGCGGGCCUGGGUCAUUCAGUGCUGGUGGCGGCUGACGCUGGCCCGGCGGCUGGAGGGGGAGCGGCGGGCCGCGCUGGACCUCUUCUCGCGGCGGGAGUGGGCGGCCGUCCAGCUGCAGGCCUGGCUCCGCAUGUGGCUGGCGCGCCGUCGCUACGCGCAGGUGCGCGCCGCCGCCCGCACCAUCCAGGCCCGCUGGCGCGGCCACGCCUGCGCUUCGCGGGGCCUCAUCCAGGGCCACUACCGGGUGCUGGCCCACGGAGUGCACGUGGAGCUGCAGAUCCUGCAGGCCCCCGGGCCUCUCGUCGUGACCCAGCAUCUUCUCCUCCCAAUAAAGGAAUGA